AGUAAAUAUUUGCGGCCUGUUGUUCUGCGAUCCCCAGUUAUGCGCAUGCGCAAAACUACAGGAGAACCCCACCACCCUGUUUCUAUACCCCUGCUCAGCCUAUCACUCUAUACCCAAAUGAUAUGAUGCGACAUGCAGGUCGCCUGAACGCCUUGUAGGCUGCAGUUUGCGAACCAUGGCUCAAGCAGAAAGCCUAGCCAGCCGCUCCAGGCGACCCAGGGGCGGUUAGCAACAUUACCGAAACAUGGACAUUGAGCCACUUUGACGACAGUUGUUUUUUCCCUUUGUACACCUCACAUACUAAUCCGCGCAUUUAAUUCUUUACCGACUUAAUUGUACUGUACGAGUGUAACGCCGUCGCCUUGGCCCUAUCAAAGCCCAUUAUUAUACCCGCCCGCCAUGUCCUCGUCUAAACCGCCAGCUGCCGAAAUGGCACCCAGGACCAGGCCUGAAAAGAGCCAACAAACCACGGAUGCAAAGCCUCAAUCCUUGCGUGAGCGUCUCAAGCACAAAGGAAGACAUUACUUGAACAAAGCCCCGGGUUUGCUCCCCUCUUACACCAAAGCACGGCCUUCCUCUCGGUUGAUGUCUAAUACCCUCAAAGAGAAGAUGGCGGUUCUUUGGAAGGAAGGAAAUUCCUCGCCGACAGCGGACAAUGACCUGGAUCUUCCGAGGGACAAUAGCUCUACCGGUUCGAAUGCGCACAGCAUUGUACAAGAGCCGACCGGGUUACACCAACAUCCUGUAGAACAAACGGCCUCUCUCUCGGAUGAUCUUUAUUUGAAGCCAACGACAGACGGGACCGAUGCAGAGGGCCCUGCAGACAAACCCGAAAGCCAUCACCGAUGGAUCAAGGGCUAUCCGGGGGUGAGAAGGAAAAGAGUUACCUCGACGCCUAUCCUGCCUCUACAUUUGGGUGAGCUCACGGGAGUGGGUAGCCAAUACGACGUUGCCAACAGGCCGGCAUCUGCGUUGAUUUUGGGCCCGUACGACAUAGAUUUGAAAGAAAAAGACGAUGUUAUACGUCGGCGCAGCCUGAGUCAACCAGUGACCUCAUCUUGUAAUACAAAUAUCCCCGAGUAUGGCCAGAAUUUCUCUUUCGCUAAAUACAACCCAUCCGAACUCGACCUUCUGCGAAGACUUUCCGAGGACACAUUUCAAGCCUCGACGUCUGCCCGAGACUCGACCUUCAGCUUUACACGGCCUUCUUCCAUAAUCUCAGCAGCUAGCACCUACGACUCGUCCAUUGGCAGGGCCAGUUCCACGCCUUCCCGCAGACGAUCGCUAUUCAGAAAGACCCUGUCAUCCUCUUCAUCUCUCAACAUAUACCGUGAAUCGUUACGUAACUAUCGAGAUCAUGACAAGACUCCUGUGCCGCCUAUCCCGUACCUCGACCCGCAAACCAAGGAACGACUCUCGGCAUCGGCAAAUGUUCCAGUAUACCAACAACUCAUCGCUGCUUCAGAACCCACUGAGUCAAUCACGUCCCUUGUAUCAACUAAGGAUAGUUCGUUGACCGUGUCUGAUCAGGUGGCCUUGGCUGGUUGGGUUGCCCAGCAGCGUCGUUUGAACAAAGGUCUGCUCCUCUCUUCAUCAUUCAAUACACCAAAAGUACAAUCGUCGCUUGUUGGUGGACAGUUUCAGGUUGAGGAGAACCCCGACGAGGAGUUGAGCACCAUAGAAGAACGGCUCUCAGAUGCAGGACUCUCGAGUGAGUCGAUGCGUAGACUGAGUAUGGAUGAUCACGUUGAUAGAGGCCACCUCUCCAGCGCACGGAUCCAUCCAGCCAAAGGAAUGAUAUCAUCUACAGGGACGAGAACUGAGACCACAAUGGAUGUUCGUUCUGCAACUCUCUCUAGCAAAGAUGCUACGGAACAUGGGAAUACUCCUGACACAUCUGUGGCAGAGACUGAUACAAGCGAAACCGACGAGUCCAUGUCUGACGUCUCACGACAAACAGAUGAGUCUUUUGAAGAAGCUUUUCUCGCUGCUUCUCUGGACCCAGUCCUUCUACCUUCUGUCACCGCCUUGAAAGAAACAGUCACUGCACUGGUAGUCCAACGGGUUGUCGACUGGGUGAAAACAUGCUCGCCAGGGCUCAACCGGAAUACAGGCCCUUCUGACUCUACGCAAUUUAGUGGUCAAAAUGGUCCACCGGCUGAAAGUGAUGGCAAUAACAAGAAGAGGGGAAUCGAUGAUAGCGAGAAUGAAGGUGAUGAUACCAAUACUGGCGGCAGAGGAAACGGAGAUGAUCAUGAAAAACGUCGCAAAACAGAAAACGCGCCAUCAGGAUCAGUACCAAAUCUCGCCUGCCCCUUUGUUAAAGAAUAUCCCGGAAAGAAAUGGCCUCGGUGCCAAAAGGGCUGGCCAAGUGUACAUCGGAUAAAGGAGCAUAUUUAUCGUUCUCACAAAGCGCCAAUUCAUUGCAAGAGAUGUUUUACCAUAGUCAAGACAGAGAAAGAACUUGAUGCCCAUCUCCGUCAAGAACCGGCUUGCGAAGUCGUCAAUCCAUCCAGAGAAAUGCCAGGUAUCAAUAACGAGACUAAAGAGCGUCUCAAGUCAAGGCGGGGCAUCCAGAAUAUCUCCGAAGAGGAAAAGUGGAAGCAUAUGUACAAGGUUCUAUUUCCAGAAACCGAAGAUAUACCAUCACCAUAUUGUGACUUGCAAACCCUCGAGGCGCCCAUGACUGCAGAAGCGCGAGCUCAAUAUCGCAGCUUUCUCCGACAAGAAGUUCCUGCCCGUGUGAUACGAGAUAUAAACGCCAAUGUACGAAAUAUGCCAGGGUUUCAGUUUAGCUCCGAAGUAUCUGAGCGUUCGCUUUUUGAAAUGGUAUCUUCUGCAGUCUGGAAUGCCUUUGACGAAGUCUUGCCGAGCCUGUUAGCCCCAUCGGAGCGCAGGGAUUUCCCAACAAGCGAUACGCCAGUCACCGAGGUUCUGGCUGAAUCUCAGGAUCAGAGAUUGUCUGUUCCCUCAUUGGCUUUUCGGGAUGAGCCAGAUUUGUUAAAUUUAUAUCGUGAACUUCCCGUUGUCGGAAGCGAGGCAGCACAAGGCUUUGAUGAUAUAAGUAUAGAGGAUCCAAUUGCUGGCUUGGGCCUGUUGGAUCCUGGAAUUGUUCCAGCUAGAAAUCUGGACUUCGAAGAGUUGGGGGAGUUUGGGAAUAGUCUCAACCCUGUUGUUUAUGACUUUAGCUUUAACUUUCUGUCACAUUAAGAUAUACAAAGGAUAUAAUAUUAAGCCCUCUUAAUUAAGUAACUUUAUAAAAAUAAAUAAUAAUCUAUUUAAUAAG